AUAAAGACAACACGAUGUAGAGCUUUUGGGUCGUGGGAAGUCUCAUGCUAAAAGGCCAAGCAGCACAACUUUUUCCUCAUCUCGCCAUAAUUAUUUCCCGGUUUAGAUUCCCUGCUACGCUGCUUCUCUCAAUAACUUGUACUUUCUUCUCUCUCCCACUCUUCCAACAAAUUCUUCAAUGCGCUGAAUUAAAUGAUGAUGAUGAUUAUUACAAGCUUGGUUUUCUGGUUCGGAUCUGAAGGAAUUUCUGGAUGCUGAUGAUUUACUUGAUCAUGAGAAGAACAACAACGGUUCUAGCUGAAUAAAGCCCCACUCACAUGCUGUGAAAUGAACUUUUCCCCUUGAGCACAUUCACGUUUCUUGGUGGUGACACUACCUGUAUAUGGGAGGAUUCUUCCACUUAGUUGAUUUAAAACGAGGAACCAUGGCUAGAAAAAUUGGUACACAAAAGAGAAAUGUUCAUGGUUUAGAGGCCCCACGCAACAGUUUAGACCUUCCUGUUGGAACUUACAAGAGUUACUACACACAACAAGAUGAUGGACUGCAUAAUAAGCAUCAAGGGACACAUGACUGGUAUGAAACUGGCUAUUUUCCAGCUGAAGCUCCAAUGAAGAAGUUAAUAAGUGAUGAAAUGACGAAAAAGCCCAAGAGCAGAGCAAACGCCCCAAGCAUUGUGGCUCGAUUAAUGGGGGUGGAUACAAUGCCAAUCGAUACAAAACCAGUGAACGAUUUUUAUAAAGAAAAACUCACGAGAAGUAGCUCAGCUAGCUCUACAGUUUCCUCAAAAUCUAUCAAACAGAUAAAUCUGGAUUCAUUUCAUUUAAACGAAGAGACUGAUUCUGACGAAUGGAGUGUCAACACGUCAUCAAAGAAACCCAUGCCACGUGAGCAUCCUCAAGAGGAAGAACUACAAAAGUUUAAAAAGGAAUUCGAGGCAUGGCAAACCGCAAGGUUUAAAGAAUGUUCAAAGAUAGUUGAAAACGUCGCCGUUUCUGACCAGUUCAUCGCUCAACAGAAUCUCAACACACAAAAAAUGGCUCUUUAUGCAAACCCAGUUGAAACACACGAAGAUCUACGAAAGUCUCGUUCAUUGAAAUCAGAUGAAAAACGAUCGUUUUUUAAAAGAAGAGAAACAUUAAGCGAAGAUUUCGACCAAUAUUCAGCGCCGACAAAGAUAGUAAUCCUGAGACCUGGUUUUGACAACGUUAGUAACUCCGAAGAGCCAUGGGCGACUUCUUCUUCACAUGCUUCUGAAGAUAGAAAUAAAAUCGAAGAUUUUCUAGAAGAAGUGAAAGAACGGUUAAAAUUGGAGUUACAAGGUAAAAGCGUCAAAAGAGGCGGCGGAAUCGAAACGCCGUACAGUGAGCGGCUGUCGGAUCCGAAACAAAUCGCGCAACGAAUCGCAAAACAAGUGAGAGAAAGCGUAACGAAAGACCUCGGAACUAAUUUGCUUCGUUCUGAAUCAACAAGAUCUUAUCAAACGAAUUCUCCGGAGUUCAUUAGCAGAGAUACGAGGAAACAUUUGUCGGAGAGAUUAAGGAAUGUUUUAAAGAGAGAAUCGUCAUCGUCACAUUCACAUUCAAUUGAUGAAACUGAAAACGAUAUACAAAGUAAAUCGUUCAGGUGUGGGCCCGAUGAUGACGAUGAUAUGAUUCUGUCAUCUCCUGUGAAUCUUGUUAGAUCUUUAUCUGCUCCUGUAUCAUCGGGAACGUCGUUUGGAAAGCUUCUUCUAGAAGAUCGACACGUGGUAACUGGUGCUCAUAUUCGAAGGAAACAUGAAGGUAACGAGAAGUUAUUGGUGAAAAAAGAAAGGAAAGAUCGAUUCAAUUUGAAGGAAAAAGUGACAAAUUUGAAAUACAAUUUGUCUCUAAGGGCAAGAUUAUUUGGGAGAAUUAGAAAGAUACAUUCAGCUAAUGAUCAGUUUCGUGAAAAUGAUCGGAGUUUUGUGAAAGAUAUUAUGAAUGGACCAACGGUUAUGAUGAACUUUCCCGAUAGACCUGAAAAUUCGACUGAGGUUCCACCUAGUCCCGCGUCCGUGUGUAGCAGCAUCCAUGAGGAGUACUUUAGAUAUUGUGCGAGUCCGACCACAACUCCAUUAGAUGACAAUGAUAUGCCUCAAGCUUUUAGAGACAUCAGCUCCAAUUUAAAUGAGCUACGGAAGCAAUUGAAUGAACUUGGGAAGGGUCGAGUAUCUGAGGAGUUUCAAAUCGAGGAGCAAUUGUAUGAUAACGAGGUUGACACUGUAGACCUUGAAGAUGAAAACGAAGCAUACAUACAAGACUUACUAGUCGCAUCUGGUCUAUACCAUAAUUCAUUUGAUAAAUCAUUAUCCAAAUGGGACACAUUUGCAAAACCAAUAACCAACACGGUUUUUGAGCAAGUUGAAUCAUCGCAAAAACAUAUAGUAAAUAGCAUCAAACUAUCCUCAAUAGAAUCCGACCAAAAAAAGAUUGAUCACAAGGUAUUACUUGAUUUACUAAACGAGGUACUUUCAACAGUAUUAGCUCGUAGAAAAGGUACGGGUAUUAGACCACCACAUGGCAACACGUUAUUGGACCAAGUGUGGGGGAUGUUACGUGAAUAUUUACACACUCACGUCGACAAAUCUUUUUACUUUUUUGACACCAUGGUGAGUAGAGAUUUACGGUCAAUGCCAUGGAUGGAAUUGGCAAAUGAGGAGAUUGAUGUUGUUGUGAAGGAGGUUGAGUGUCAGAUUUUUAGAGAUCUUAUGGAAGAAACGAUGAGGGAUAUGGUUAGAUUGUAAAAAUGGGUAAAUUGUAUGUAUAUAUGAGUGUGAAUGAAAUGAGUGAAAGUAGAUGCGGUUGAGGUUUGGUUAGUGUAGGGAUGUUUUUUUGUGGUGUUUAGAGUAAGGUUGUUUUAAUUGUAGGAUUAUGAUCAUAUUUUGGGGUGUUUUGGGUGUUUUCUUUUUUUGAUUGCAUGCCAAAUUAUUCUUGAUAA